AUGUCUAACAAUCUCGUUUGGAUAAAUCCAGCGACUACGUCACCCGUCGAUCGCGCUAAAACAAGGCGCGAAAUCAUGCAGAAAGUGGCUCAGAAGCGAAGAGCAGAACCAAAACAUCGGCAUCCCAACAGCCGACAGCUUCCUGUUUUCAUACCAAGAAAUGGCCUUCAUGAAAGCGCAGCAGAGUACAAACAAAUACAAGCACUUCAUGUGGCAGAGCGACCGUCCCAAACUAAGCCUGACGGUGUCUACAUCCAUCCAGACACAACAUAUUUGCGUACCCCUGCUACCACAUAUUCAGCGGUCCUCGCCAAAACAAAUCUACAUUUUCUAGAUCUGUCUUUAUUAACUUCCGUUGGGGUUGGCCGGUAUACCGGACAAAGGCUUCUUGAAAGCCCUCAAACUAUAGCGCAUUUCUUCACGGGAAGAAAUUGGUCAUAUUUUCAGUAUGUACCCUUGCAUUACCAGCAAAGCGUCUUGAUAAGAAGCGCUGCGGAUUGUGUUUUGGCUCGCGUUAGGUGCUCUCUUACGCCCGGCGACCAAAGGUGGGAGCUAUACGCUCUCUCUGCUUAUUCACGAGCGCUCUCAAAGCUACAAGACGCGAUGGACACUACACCUCAGCGUAUUACAGCUGAGCUCCUCUGCGCCACGCAAAUGUUAGGCCUCUAUGAACUUCUAAACCCUAGUCGAGGGGAUGCAUGGAAAAAGCAUACCGCGGGAGCUACAUCUUUAAUACAGUUACGAGGUCCACUGAACUAUCAAUCCGAGUUCGAGAAAUGUCUUUUCCUGGGUUAUGUUGGGCCAAUGGCAACAGAAGCAAUACUCAAUAACGAGGCUUGUUUCCUUGAUCGUCCAGCAUGGAAGGCAGUCCUUCUAUCAAUUAUCACGGACGAUCCUCUUGUGCCGGAAAGAAGUACUAUGGUCAUCUCCAUAAUGCUGAUUUUUGUCACCAUACCCACUCUAUUCAACAGGUUUACUGACGUGAUUUGCCAUAAUCCCGACCAGCCGCUUCAAGUGAUUACGGAGCUUGCAUCCCGAGCCCACAAACUUCGAACGUCUCUGCAAGACUGGUAUCACACCUAUAUCCAACCCAGCGGGACACCAAUCCAUGAUCCAACAUAUGGAGAUAGGUAUUAUGACGCGCUUGUUAUAUAUUACAUUUGCAUGAUAUACAGUAGCCGUCUCAAUACGUGUAUACAUUCACAAGAUAAACCCAGUGUAUACAAGCUUGAAGAGGAGUGCCAACGGUUUGCGAAAAUAAUUGUAUCCCUGCAUCAAAGAGGAGGGUCAUCUGCUAACCGACAAGGGUCAUUACUGCUGGCUCAAAAACUACCUAUUGCCGAAGCAACUAUUGAAUCUGGAGACGCUUGGAAAACACAACUGAGUAUUGGUAAUAGUCACAGCCACAUCUUCAAAAUGUCCAGAGAAGCCUUUCAUACCUGGUGUAAGCUCUUUGGACGAAAAAUUUCAUGA